AUGUCUCGCACGCUCGCCAUGCCUCCUCGCUCCCAGUCGAGUGCAGCAGUGAGCACCGCCGUCAUGACAUCGCAAGAAGAGCCGUCGCGGACCACCUACCGAGGCUACGGAACUUUUGAUUCGCGACAUCGGCGGCACUCAUGGCACACCAAGCCAUGCGCUCACGAAGCAGAAAACUUCCACAUUCUGCUGCGGAAUUUCCUGACCGAGUUGAAUUGCCGCAUGGACUUUUUGGAGUCGUAUGGCCACCUCAAGUAUGACGAAGGCAUAGAGUACGCCUACAACACCCUUCUCGCCGUGCGCGAGCAAUGUUCGAAAAUAUCAGACGGUGCCAUCGAGGCGGGGCGUCGUCAGGCUGCCGUCUUCGUCGAGACGCUAGAGGACCGCUACAAGGAUGCACUGGAACGCAAGGAAACCCUUGGGGAGAAAGUGCUCGAGGGCAUCCUCCUCAUGGAUUCCUAUCUGACCGAGUUUGAGAGUCGAGCACACGCACUAAGAGAUGGCACAAUCGGCUCGUAUGCACAAGAGUUCUACGAAGGCGGUCGGCGAAAGAUGGACGAGGGUCUGGAGAUUGCAAAGGGGGUCAUGGAUGGGGGACUCGACAAGGCGCGAAGAGCACGAGAAGCCAUUGAGUAUACCGUCGAGCACGCCGUUCAAAAAGCCCUCCAGCGCGCAAAAGAGCAUGGCCUCAUCCACUACGAUGAUCUCCCCGAGCCCUGGAGAGUCAACCCCCACAUUCUCAAGGGCUACCGCUUCUCCGAAGGCAAAUGGGCAUGCGUCCGAUCCGUCGUCAGCAUUCACAACGAGCUCAUCAACAUCUGGACGCACCUCAUCGGCCUCGUCAUGGUGCUCGCCAUGGCCUUUUACUUCUACCCGAUGAGCCACAACUUCAGCAUAUCGACCAAAGCCGACAUCUUCAUCGCCGCCGUCUUCUUCUUCGCCGCCGUCAAAUGCCUGGCCUGCUCGACCAUCUGGCACACAAUGAACUCCAUCUCGCACCAAACCCUCCUCGAACGCUUCGCCUGCGUCGACUACACGGGCAUCUCGCUCCUCGUCGCCGCCUCCAUCAUGACAACCGAAUACGCGGCGUUUUACUGCGAGCCCGUCUCCCGCUGGGCCUACAUGGGCAUCACCGCCCUCCUCGGCAUCGGCGGCGUCCUCCUCCCCUGGCACCCGACCUUCAACCGCUCCGACAUGGCCUGGGCCCGCGUCCUCUUCUACUGCUCCCUCGCACUCACGGGCUUCCUGCCCUUUGGCCAACUCGCCUACACCCGCGGCCUGGCCUGGGCCCACUAUUUUUACGCCCCGCUCGCCAAGAGCCUCGCCGUCUACGUCACGGGCGCCUGUCUGUACGCUAGCAAGACGCCCGAACGCUUCUUCCCCGGCUUCUUCGACUACAUUGGCUGCUCGCAUAAUAUCUGGCACCUUGCUGUCUUGGGUGGCAUCGUGUUUCAUUACACGGCUAUGCAGACCAUGUUUUCGGCUGCGAUGACGCGUGCGCAGACGAGUUGUUCGGUUUAUUGA